GAGCAUGCUGACCGAAGUGACGGGCUGCAUUCUCAGGCUGGGUGGAAACUGGCGCAUGUGGGCGCUCGGCUCCUUGCUGCUGCGGUCGGCGGCCGGGCGCACCAUGUCGCAGGGACCCGCCCGCCGCCAGCGGCCGCCCAAGGACCCGCUGCGGCACCUGCGCGCGCGGGAGAAGCGCGGCCCGUCGUGGGAGCCCGGGGGCCCGAACACCGUGUACCUGCAGGUGGUGGCUGCCGGCGGCCGGGAUGCGGGUGCGGCGCUCUACGUCUUCUCGGAGUACAACCGGUAUCUCUUCAACUGUGGAGAAGGAGUCCAGCGACUCAUGCAGGAGCACAAGCUGAAGGUGUCUCGUUUGGACAAUAUAUUCCUGACCCGAAUGCACUGGAGUAACGUUGGGGGAUUGUGUGGAAUGAUUCUUACUUUAAAGGAAACCGGGCUUCCAAAGUGUGUACUUUCUGGACCUCCACAACUGGAAAAAUACCUAGAAGCUAUCAAAAUAUUUUCUGGUCCAUUGAAAGGAAUAGACCUGGCUGUGAGGCCCCACUCGGCACCAGAAUAUAAGGAUGAGACCAUGACAGUUUUCCAGAUCCCCAUAUACAGUGAACAGAGGUGUGGAAAACACCAGCCAUCACAGAGUCCAGGAAGGCUCAGUCCAGAGCAGUCUUCAGACUCUGGAUCCACUGAAAAUGAGCAGCACCUUCCAGAUGGUGUUAGCCAGAGAAAGAGUGGCAGGGACACCUCCUUGGUCGUAGCUUUCGUCUGUAAGCUUCACCUCAAGAAAGGAAACUUCUUGGUGCUCAGAGCAAAGGAGCUGGGCCUCCCCGUUGGGACAGCUGCCAUUGCUCCCAUCAUUGCUGCUGUGAAGGACGGGAAAAGUGUCACUUAUGAGGGAAAAGAGAUUUUGCCUGAAGAGAUCUGUACUCCUCCGGACCCCAGUCUUGCUUUUGUUGUGGUCGAAUGUCCAGACGAAGGAUUCAUUCUACCCAUCUCUGAGAAUGCUACGUUCCAGAGGUACCAAGGAAAGGCUGAUGCCCCGGUGGCCCUGGUGGUUCACAUAGCCCCAGAGCGUGUGCUGGCGGACAGCAGAUACCAGCAGUGGAUGGAGAGGUUCGGGCCGGACACCCAGCACCUGAUCCUGAACGAGAAUUGCACAUCGGUUCACAACCUCCGGAGCCACAAGAUUCAAACACAGCUCAACCUCAUCCACCCCGACAUCUUCCCCGCACUCGCCAGCCUCCACUGUCAGGAAGAAAGUGCCCCAUUCACUGUCCCCACAGUCCGCGGUGAAUGCCUCCUCAAGUAUCAACUCCGUCCCCGCAGGGAGUGGCAGAGGGAUGCCCUUAUUACUUGCAAUCCUGAUGAAUUCAUAGCUGAGGCCCUGGAGAUGCCCAAUUUCCAAGAAAGCGUGCAGGAAUAUAGGAAAACUGCCCAGGACGGCCCAGCCUCAGCAGAGAAAAAAAGCCAGUAUCCAGAAAUCAUCUUCCUGGGAACAGGGUCUGCUAUCCCGAUGAAGAUUCGAAAUGUGAGCUCCACACUUAUCAACAUAAGCUCUGACAAGUCCCUGCUGCUGGACUGUGGUGAAGGUACGUUUGGGCAGCUGUGCCGUCACUACGGAGAUCACGUGGACAGGGUCCUGGGCACCCUCGCUGCGGUGUUCGUGUCCCACCUGCACGCAGAUCACCACACGGGCUUAUUAAAUAUCCUGCUGCAGAGAGAACGAGCUUUGGCAUCGCUGGGAAAGCCCUUUCACCCUUUGCUGGUGGUUGCCCCCACCCAGCUCAAGCCCUGGCUCCAGCAGUACCACAACCAGUGCCAGCCGCUCCUACACCAUGUUUGUAUGAUUCCUGCCAAAUGCCUUCAGAAAGGAACUGAGGUCUCCAACUCCGAAGUUGAAAGGUUGAUUAGUUUGCUGCUGGAAACAUGUGAUUUGGAAGAGUUUCAGACCUGCCUGGUCCGGCACUGCAAGCAUGCUUUUGGCUGUGCUCUAGUCCACACGUCCGGCUGGAAGGUGGUCUAUUCGGGGGACACCAUGCCCUGUGAGGCUCUGGUCCAGAUGGGGAAAGAUGCCACCCUCCUGAUACACGAGGCCACACUGGAAGAUGGUCUGGAAGAGGAAGCCAUGGAAAAGACACACAGCACCACCUCGCAGGCCAUCGGCGUGGGCAUGCGCAUGAAUGCCGAGUUCAUCAUGCUGAACCACUUCAGCCAGCGCUAUGCCAAGAUCCCGCUCUUCAGCCCCGACUUCAACGAGAAGGUCGGAAUUGCCUUCGACCACAUGAAGGUCUGCUUCGGAGAUUUCCCCACGGUGCCCAAGCUCACUGCCCCACUGAAAGCCCUGUUCGCCGGUGACAUUGAGGAGAUGGAAGAGCGCAGGGAGAAGAGGGAGCUGCGGCUGGUGCGGGCGGCCCUCCUCUCCGGGAAGCAGGCGGGGGGCCCUGAGGACAGCGAGCCCCAGCAGAAACGGGCCCAUGCAGAGGCGUCUCCGAGCCCACAGAGCAAGAAGGUCAGGGCAAAGUGAAGGACUGAGAGAGACCCUGCGCUCGGAAGGCUCACGUCCUCCACCCUGCACAUGGCCCCGGGUGUGUGCCCUUUGCCUGGCGGGAGCCAGAGGGCACCAUUUAGUGCAGGGGAGGCAUGGGGGGUAGGUGGGCGUCAGGCUGGGCCUUGGCUUGGGCUCCCGGGUGGGGCCUGGCCUGCUACAUGCCCCCUACGAAUGGUGCCUGGCAAAGCCACAGACAGGAGGCUGCUGAAAGGAAGAAAGCGGAGACAACUGGAACUUUGUGCCAGUUGAUUUUUAAAGAAGUCACAUGGAAAAACAGCGCACCCAUGCCUGCUCCAGCCAAGUUCUCCCCUCUGCACACCAGAGACAAGCCAUGUCACAGGAAAUGGGGUCGUGGAUGUGAAGUCUAGUAUCCAAGUAUUUCCAAAGACGCAGAACACAAUAAAGAUUCCACCUGGAACCUGAGUGCUUUGCUUCGUCCUGGUGCCACCUCCGAGCAGGAGUCUCCCAGUGCAGCAUUGUGCUGCUGCCAGGUACCCAGUGUGCCCUGGAAGCCAUCUCUGACGGCAGCGAGGACCUUCGGAGCCUAUCCCCAGGGAGGCACCAGCCCUCGUAGCCUAGGUUUCUGACAGAAGUCGAGUUGUGCUGGCUGACAGCAGUAGUUCAUGCACUCGUAGAGCUGGGCACCUGGUGGCUCAGGAAAGUACCUUCCCGUUCGUUGUUCUGGGAACGAUGGAGACCACAGAUUUGCUCUUCUUUGGCAGUAAUGAGGAGAGAGUCACUCAUCGCCCUUCCGAGUACCGAGAAAUAGCCGUCGCUGGCUCCCUUGCCCUCCUUACGACAUUUAACAACACUGAGGUUUGGCUUGAAAAUUGAGAGAAUUUUUAAAGAUAAAUC